ACUGCUGAUGCAAAUGGCGAUGUCAUGCAAAUUAGCUCUCCUUUCGGCUCCGUAGUCUCCUAUUCUGCUGCUCAAAUGGCACGCAGACCGGUCAGCAAAGUUAAGCCAACAUCAUUUGCCAGGCAUCAGUUGAUCAACUGGAGUCGUCUUCAUCUGAUCGAUUUGGCUUCGCCUCUUAAUCAGCCCAGCAGAGGUAUGGGCCUGGAUGUUUAG